AUGCAAAAUUUCUUUCCAGGAACUUCGGAUGAAGACUUCCAGGUGACCCAACCUGAGAGUUCAGUUUCAGUCAGAGCUGGAGAGAUCCUAACACUGGGCUGCAACGUGUCUGCUCGAUCCCCAGCAGGGCCUGUCUUAUGGUUCAGGGAGAAUGGGCAAGAACGACAAUUAAUCUACAAUUUCAAUGGAAGCCAAUUCCCCCGAGUAACCCAAGUGGAAAACACAGAGUUCAACCAAACAGACUAUUCCAUCCGCAUCAGUGAUGUGUCACCCAAAGAUGUGGGUACCUAUUACUGUGUGAAGCUAACAAUAGCACACCCUGACAUGGCAUAUGUAUCUGGUUCAGGCACCUUUGUGUCUGUGAAUGGAACCACACAUGAGAUAUUCCAGGUGCAACAAGCUGAGAUGACACAGACUGUAUCAACUGGAGAGACAAUCACCUUGAGUUGCAGUGUACCAGAUUCAUUCCCAAAAGGACCCGUCUUAUGGUUCAAGGGACAUGGGCCAAACCGGGAAUUAAUCUACAAUUUCAAGGAAGGUUUCUUUCCCAGAGUAAAAGAAAUUGGACACCCCACCAAACCUGGCAACACAGACUUUUCCAUCCGCAUCAGUGAACUCUCUCUUGCAGACACUGGCAUCUACUACUGUGUAAAAUUCAAGGAGGGGAAACCUGACACGGAGUUCCAGUCAGGUCCGGGCACCAAGGUGUUUGUGACUAGAAACACACAUGAGGUAAUCCAGGUGCAACAAGCUGAGAUGACACAGACUGUAUCAACUGGAGAGACAAUCACCUUGGGUUGCAGUGUACCAGAUUCAUUCCCAAAAGGACCCGUCUUAUGGUUCAAGGGACAUGGGCCAAACCGGGAAUUAAUCUACAACUUCAAAGAAGGUUUCUUUCCCAGAGUAAAAGAAAUUGGACACCCCACCAUACCUGGCAACACAGACUUUUCCAUCCACAUCAGUGAAAUCUCUCUUGCAGAAGCCGUCAUCUACUACUGUGUGAAGUUCAAGAAGGGGAAACCUGACAUGGAGUUCCAGUCAGCUCCGGGUACCCAAGUGUCUGUUAUUG